AUGGCACAGGAGAGACAUGGCAACGUCUUGAAAACGUGGUAUUAUAGUGGAAGUGCUGCUCGUGAUUAUGGCGCCAAGGAGCAGACGAAAUCUGAUCCACUGGCUUGUUCACCAGUCCAUCGUCUCCCGUCUUGUGCAGAACUGCAGGCCCAGGCGGCUGUUUACCGGGAACGCCUCUCCAGCUACUGGCGGGACUUGGCGCAGCUGCUCUCAUUCGGUGCGACGCACGCCUCGCAGCUGUUGGUUCCCCUCGCAUUCGAACGAAUGGGUAACCACGCAAGUGAUCAGCAACUCCACGGUUGGAUUAAGGACAUGGAACGUGUGAAAGACAUGCUGCGCACGAGAUUAACCGGAUGGGUACAGGACUUGCAAUUAGCCAGCAAACAGGUGGAGCACUACGAGGUGGAAGAAGACAAGGACGGGCCAUGGGACUCGACACUCAGUGGUGCGGGCGAUGGGGCGGGCCGCGGUUUGGGGCUGGCGACGGUGUUGGCGACAGAGGCAGCGACGCUGCUGGAGAGGGAGUCGACGGUGGCGCAGGUGGCGGCGACGGUGGUGGAGCAUUUGACGGAGGCAGUGGCAAAGGAGCUGCCAGACUACGGCUCUCUGCUGCCGCUGUUGAGUGAACGCCUGCUGCGCUAUCAGCCGUGGAGCCUCUCCUUUGACGACGACUUCAGUGCGCUGUGCAAGGAGCGGCAGCCAGAGGCGUCGCAAAUGUUCAGCCUCGCUGACGAACUGUACGCCCUUUAUCGUGUCUCCUGGUACACUACAGCUGAGUACAUCGAUUCAGUCUACGAAGAUGAUUUCAAGAUUGUAGACGAGGAGUGGCAGCUGGAGGACAGAAGCCACGAUACGCUCUCCAUGAACACUGACUGCGUGCAGCUGUUGGUGAACGCCCUGGACCACCCCACGUGUCCGCUGGAAGACCUGCCACUGGAAGCCGUGAAGCAGCGCGAGCAGUGCCGCGAGCAGCUGUGGGACGACGUGGUGCAGAGGUCGCCCCACAUACCUGUCACCAGCUACCUGGCCUACACGCAGAGGAUAAACGUCAACCUCUGUCUUCUGGCCUGGAUGGCGGUCAACUCGUACGGCAUUUGUCAGGACGUCCCGUUUAGUAUGAUACAGUCCGUACACGAUGCUCGCUGCUAUUUCGAUAGUCCUGAUGAUCAAUCAUGUCUGCAGUCGAACGCUACAGACGCCAUCUGUUCUGUUUCCAGAGCUAUUCUGUUGCUGAAGUGUCGCGAUUUUUCCUCCUUUAAUGCUUCUGAUGAUUGUACGCUCUUUUAUUACCCAUUUCAAAGUUUCCCAGUUGGAUUUACUAAAUCUAUCCGCAUACUGUAUCAAAACUUAACAGAAGAAACCCUGAACUACAGAAACAGUUUAAACAACGCUACCUUGAGAUACAAGGAUUUCAAAAUUGACAGCUUGAAGCCUUUAGAAAUCUCAUUUAUACUGAUAAAUAUCAUUUUCCGUUUCUCGACUGCCGGAGUAUACAUGUAUCUUCCCCAGUUACGUAACUUGCCUGGGAAGAUACUCUUGUCGUUUCAGAUCACGUGCAUAGUCCAGAUCCUGUGUUCUGAGGUCGUGUAUCGUAUGGCAGGCGUCCCUGACUUACCUACAGCAGUGCUGAUAGACAGCGCCCUCACACUUCUCAGCUGUAUCUGGCUGAACUCAUUCUGCUACCACAUGUAUUCUUGUGUUCGCCAUCUCAGGCUUCCUAACCAGCUACUACCUGCUGAAGUAAGCCAGUUAUUCCGUCGUGAGCUGCUGUGUGUGUUUAUACCGUGGAGUAUAGUAUGUGUGGCAGCUGUUGCUUUGGAAAAGACGAGUAAAUAUUACCUCAUCCACAGUCGCAUAGUAGUCCUUGCAGGGAUUUCAGUGUCUGUGGCAUUCAACUUGGUUUGUCUCGGACUGAUUGGAUACAUGUACCUAUGUAAUCGGUGCUCCAUGCGGCAACUCGAAAUUGUUGAUAACAAGAAAUUUGCCUCAAAGAAGGAAUGUCUUUUUAUGUCA